CAGCUCUCGAGACAAACGGGACAUUGAUCGCCCCGGUCAUUGCCGGCUCGAAAACCGUCCAGGCAACGGCUGUUCCCCGGAAGCCAGGGUCUGCAGAUCCUCAUCGCGACUGGUUGCAUUCUUCAAGCGCAGCCCGCGAGACCUUCCCAAUCGCAGCCCACCGCCGUCUCCCUGCAUCCAGGCAGGGCGCGUGACCCGCCACCAAGCUUCCUUGGCGCCUAGUGCUGCGGCGAUAUCACCCUGCCUGUGCGUGCACUUGCCAGGGCUGAUUUGGUCGGUCCUCCUUCGAUAAGCUCCGCUGACUCGGAGCUCACGCCACUGAUGGCGAGCCACCGCCCAGCGCGUUCGUUCCUUCAAAGCUCCCAGUGGCUCGGCGAAACCUGUCAUUGCACCUCUGCAAGGCGUCUGUUGCUGCUCGUGCGGGGUUCUCGUGAUCUCGAGGCCUGGGAACGUCAGUGCGUGUCCGGGUGUACUGCGGUGUUGAUCCGUGCGGACGCGUUGUUGCCGGCAAUUUCUCGUCUGAAUCACUUGCAGGAUGCGAGAUCGCGGGUGUGAAUCGUGCGCAGAGAUGCGUGUAUGCUCGCUCGCUGCUUUUCCAGUCUAAAUAUGUACAGUGCUAUUUCCAUUCUCUGCGCAGCGUGAUCGCCCCUCGAUUUGGGUUGGUCUCACGCUGAUGGGACGUUCCGCGACCCGGGCAUCUGUGUUGCCUCUGGAUCCAGAAGCCCAAAAGCUACCUCGCUCGCUCCCCGGUUCAACUGCAUUGCAAACCAGCAAAGCGCAGAUCCUGACGUCGUCACCUACCCAGUCGCAAGCCAUGACGUCAAUCCGGUGCAACUGGUUUGAUACCGCUUGUCAGGCUCAGGUACCGGGCCGGACUCCGCUCUUGGCACUUGUCCGGAACUAAACACGGGCACGUGCCACGAGGUCGAAUUACUCAUCACUCUUGAAAAUGCAUUGUGACAUGCUCCGCCCUUGGCGCUUAUCCGGAACUAAACACGGCACGUGCCAGAAACCAAGUUUCUCUUGACCUGCAAGCGCCAUGCAGUUCGUAGUUGAUUUGUCGUCAAAUUUAUAAUUACUCAUCAUUCGCGGAAACGCACCGCGCUUUCGGAUUCGAGGGCAGGCAGUGAGUUCGGACAUUUCGCAGCCCUGUAUCCUGAUCUAUGUGAAGAUGUGAAUGAAUCAAUUAAUUGCCCUAGCCCAAUUCUAACAGUAUUCCCG